GAACUUUUUAGACGUCGAUGUAAAAACCUUGUUACAAUACUUGCAAAAAUACUUUGGAAUGCUUUUCCAAUACUCAGUCAUCCUGCUAUGAACUGUAUUUUAGCAAAACUUUAUGUAGCUGUAGUCCCGAACCCACCGUAGAGACCAACACCUAAAGACAUCAUUUUCUAUGGCUACUUUGCCUAUUGAUGACAAUUUAGUUUCCAAAUUUCGCCCUACCAAGGUCUUACGAGAUGUGGAGAAAGGAAAAAAAAUAACUUCUGUUAAUUUUGACGACAGUGGUGAGCUAUGCUUGUGUUGCUCUACUGAUGAUAUGCUGCAUUUAUACAAUUGUACAACUGGAAAAUUCGUAAGAUCGUUUGCCAGCAAAAAAUAUGGCGCACAUUUAGCUUGUUUCUCACAUCAUUCAACAUCUACUGUGUAUGCUUCAACUAAAGAAGGAGAUACCCUUCGUUUUCUUGAUUUAAAUUCGAAUCGAUACAUUCGUUAUUUUGUCGGCCACAAGGAUAAAGUUAUUUCACUUGAUGUUUCACCUGUAGACGAAUUGUUCUUAAGCACAUCUUUGGACAAUACACUUCGAUUAUGGGACAUGCGUUCGUCAACGUGCCAGGGUUUGCUAAAUAUUACUUCUCCAGCAGUAGCUGCAUUUGAUGCUACUGCGAGCUUGUUUGCUGUAGCGAGUCUCUCAACACUGACGAUCAGUUUGUACAACAUUAAAAGCUUCGACUUAAAGCCCUUUCAACAGUUCUCCUUUCCAAAACCGCCUUACGGUGUUACAGUAAGUCACAUUGAGUUCUCUACAGAUGGAGAGUGUAUUUUAUUAAGUUUGAGUUCAGGAGGUUUCCUUGUUCUCAAUGCAUACACAGGAAAAGUUAUGCUUCAAAAUCAAGACCAAUCGGCAUCAGUUACUGAGGAGUCAUUAAAAUAUUCAAGUGCCUGUUUGACGCCUGAUUCAAAAUACGUGUUUGGUCGUGAAGAUAACAAACACGUUGCCGUUUACAAUCUACAUGACAACAGCCGACAUUCAAGUCUGCAACGUCCGAUAUGCCAACUGGAUAUGGACAUGGAAGUACCAUCAAUCAUUCGUUUUAAUCCUCGGUAUGCCGAGUUCAUAACAGCCGUCGAUGAUUCUCUCACAUUUUGGACGUCAGAUGUUAGCUAAAACAAUGACCGAAAUGAAUUCAUGAAUAAAGUAAUUAGCAUCGCUUUUAUUCCCCUAUGGUCGAAAGGAAAUUCCGCAAACGAAAUUCAAAAGUAUUUGCAGUUCUUUUGGCGCAAAAAUUAUAAAACGGAAUAACGAGUUUUAAAUUUUCAGAAGUGUGUAGACUUUGUUUCCGGUGAAGGUCAUUUAUAUCCUGCCGGCAAAUUAAAAUCCUACCGAGCUCGUCUGUGCAUAUGAUAAUAUCGAAAUCGGUUCCAACAGGAAGAUGCCAAGAUUCAUCGGAUGUUGCUGAACUUUUAAUGAGACCAGAAAGACGAUACAUUAUGUCGCCCGAUUGAGCCAGCAGAAGCGACGUAUUUUGGGGCGCGAUCAAACAAGAUGUAAUGUGUCGUUCACCCAGUUGAAACAUUUCGUAUGGAAGUUUCCGGAUAAACGCAUGGGCUCCUUUUGUGGAUGCCAUGACUAAGAACGAUUGUGGUAUAUGAUAUACCACUACCACAUUGUGCAUCCCGCCAGUGAUAAUGAACCUGUUAUUAUCAUUAAAACGGGCGAGAAUUUGUCCACGAGGAUUACUUACAUUUUUCACAUUCAUAAUAUAAUCUGAUGUGAGCAGACUGUACACCCGUAUCCGAGAAUCAGUCGUCGAUAUGAGUAUAAGAACAUUCGAUUGAGUAUUUUGCGGGACACAAUUGACACAUUGAAGCCCCGUCACUCUGCACUUGGCAUUCUUUGAUGCUGAUUUAUGCAUACUAAAUGUUCGAAGGGGUUUCAGCUUGUCGGUGGUAUACAGUGUACACUUUCCGUUGAAAAAGCCAAGAGCAAUAGUUCUUCCGUCGGGGAAAAAGGCCACAGUCGAUAUGAGAUCGGUGCAAGCUCUUUGCCAUAUAGGCUUACGGUCAAGAAUAGACCAAAGAAGCAAUCUUGAAUCCAAAGUUCCCGAAAUAAAAUAUCUGUCAUCAAUCGGAUGGAAUGCGACAGACAUAACUAUCUCAGUGUGUUUGAAGACAGCUAAACAAUUUUGUACUUUCGGAUGCCAUAGCCGGACAGUAGCGUCAUUUGAGCUUGUUAGAAGAAAGUCAUUUUUACUCCAGGAAAUGCAUAAAAUGUCAGCGGUGUGUCCUUUGCAUUCAAGAAUUGGUUUUGGAGUGAACACGGACGCGUCUGCGUAUUCUGUGCUCGUAACAUUAAGGUUUGCCAGUGAUUUAAAAUCGACUACCCUCCAAAUUUGGACUACGGAUUUUUUCCCUGCUGUAGCCAAGUAUUUUCCUGUAUGGCUUAUUUCAGAUGCCCACACUGGAUGCACAUCUUCUACACCGUCUGCCCGCCUGCGACUGCAUACGGUCUUAUCACAGAUGUCAGUAGGGCUCAAAAUUUGUGCAACAUAAAGACGACUCAAUUGCGGCUCACACUUUUUCCCCAUGUGACCCGUUACCGUCGGAAUGUAACGUAUCGGAAGCAGUUUUUCUGCUUCCUUUCCUUCUGCAAAACAGUCAUUUCCCGGACCAGACAAUGCAAUGUGGUUGCAUUCUUGCUUUGUGACCAUAUAAUCUGUAUUCGCUCCUUCAUCUGGUGUUGAAUUAUGAAAUUUUGAAAGCGACAAGCGGUGAUGUGUCGACAUUAUUUAAAAUAAUUCUCUAUCAGUUAUGCAGCAAUUUCGAAAGCAAUUUUGCUUAAAAUUAUGUAUCCAAUUCCUAUGUUCGUCAUUCCAGCGCCUUCUCAAACCAGUCUGAUUAAGAAGGAACGUUGUGUAUUUAUAUUUUGUAGAAAUCCUUAUUGGCGUAACCCGAUUCUAAGUGUUCUCGAAUUGACUGAAUGUAUUUCGCGAA